AUGAAGCUCGCCAUCCUUAGUGCCGCCUUACUUACUGCAGUUACCGCUGCACCUUCCCCUACCAAGACGACAGGAGCUUAUAUACCUCAAAAGUCGCCUUCCUUUUCAAAUGUGCCUUCUCCUACAGGCAUUGUCACAGCUUACAACUAUGGUCCUUACAAUACCUCUGAUGCCUUGCCUACCACAACCUUGUCUGGCUAUCCUUCGCCCUGGGAAGUACCUGACACAAAGAGCGAUGAAGUCCAGGCAGCCAUUAAGCAAAUCGAUUGGAGUCUUGUCCCUGACGCCCCUGUUCGAAAGCAAGAUGACAAUGGUGAUUUCAAGCCUGAUACGGAUGGUGAUGAUGAUCCCUACUGCUGGUGGUCAGAUACAAACUGUGUCAAGCCCAAGAUUAAUCUGCCCGAAGAUUAUUACAUUUGUCCUAACAAGGGUGAUUGGGGUCUAUCCUAUGAUGAUGGACCUUUUAACCUGUACACUGGCAAAGAAGCUGCCAUUCAGAACAAGUACGCUGAACCUGCUCUCUACAAUUACCUAGUUGAGCAUAAUAAUCAAAAGGCUAGCUUGUUUUAUAUUGGCUCCAAUGUCGCUACUUAUCCUGAGGCUGCUAAGCGUGCAUUCAAUGAUGGCCACUACAUUUGCGUCCAUACAUGGUCUCAUCCUGCUAUGACCACCAUGACGAACGAAGAAGCUGUGGCUGAAUUUUACUGGACUCUCAAGGCCAUUAAAGAAACUACGGGUGUCACACCAAAGUGCUGGAGACCUCCUCAAGGUGACGUUGAUGACCGUAUUCGUUCCAUUGCUUGGCAGAUGGGUAUGCACACAGUCCUCUGGGACUGGGAUACGAAUGACUGGGACAUGCCUGCGCCCGGUGGCGGUAACUUGGCUCCUUCCAAGGUCGAUGGUUACUUUAAAGGCUGGAUCGAAGACGAACAAUCAGGUAAUCAAACUCAUGGUCACAUCGUCCUCGAGCAUGAACUCAAUAAUGCCACGGUCAACAUGACCAUGUUCUGGUUGCCCAAGAUUCAAAAGGUGUUUAAUGUUGUGCCUGCUCUUGCCUGUAACAAUGUCACUCAGCCUUAUUGGGAACAACAAUACGUUUACCCUCUUCAAACAUUGCCUAUUGGUGGCUCAAACAGCUCUAGUUCUGCUACGGAAACAACAAUCGUUCUUUCCUCUGCUCUGCCUCGUGCUACUUAG